AUGUCACUGGCUAGUCAAGCUAUAUCACUUUUGGACCAGCCGGAAAAAGACCAAGGAAACAUCAAAGAAGAGUUUGAAACCAGUUGUGUCAUUCUUGGCAAUGUAAUAACGGAAAUUCAUAGCGGGCUUCGGUCCUUGUUACUAAAGUUUGCUUCAACUGGCGUGUUGGAUGCUGCUGGGCAACAACUCGAGUACAAUAUCACUACUGCUGGUGUAGAGAAAGACUUGGAAAUUCUCACCAAUGGAAUAUCUCUGCUCCGACAUACAUUGGAUCCUGAUAUCUGA